CAGCUGCGUUUUGAUCCGUGUGACCUACCCUCACACGGCUGACUGGACUGAAGUGGACAUGUGAUCCAAGGGCAGCCAAUCCCUGGGCUGGCCAUGGACCAGGAAUUUGAGCUAAGAAAUGAGCGGAGCGUUUGCCAGUGGAACUAAAAAAAUUAGGAUGCCAUGAGUCUGGGUUAGGGCCGUGGCCAGCCAGAACUAUAUGCAAGCCAACUUGCCAGUUGAAAAUAAGUGGAAGUGAGAAAGCCAGUGUUAGAGGAACAAAAGAGGUGGCGCUCCUGAGCUUUCCAGCUCUGGGCCCAAUCCGCGUAUCGUUAAAACAUACCCCUCGUCUUCAGGGCUUCCCAGCAAAAGGAUAUGUCAACUGAUGUUCCCCAGAAGGUUGGAAUAUGAGGGUCCCCUCCCCGAGGGAGUCUUCUUAAGCCAAAAAUGCUGAGCUGGGCCGGGAGUGGAGGGUGGGUGGAAUAAAAAGACUGGGCUGAGGCCACACCUGGGCAGCCACCAUGAGCAACAGGGACUGAAUGAUCAGUCAGUGGACUUCCUGGUGGCUCCUGGCGAGACCUUGCGCGAAAUACACAUACACAACCAGGGGGUGGACACUGGCCUGCAGCCAAGCUCGUGAGGCUGGCAUCUGUUUCCUCAGUUGGCUGGAGAAAGAUAAAAGCUGACCAGAAGAGCUUUCUAGGCUGAAGAAAAGCCAGGCAACAAAGCUGGCUGAGCAGGUGGGCACUAAUUUUACUUCUUCAAUGGAUUUCUUUUUUUUUUUUUUUUAAAGAUUUUUAUUUAUUUAUUCUUGAGCGACAGAGAGAGAGAGAGGCAGAGGGAGAAGCAGGCUCCCAAGGAACAGAGAGCCCGAUGAGGGACUCGAUCCUAGGACCCUGGGAUCAUGACCUGAGCCGAAGGCAGAUGCUCAACCAUCUGAGCCACCCAGGCGCCCUCCUCAAUGGAUUUCUUAAAGACAGCAACUCCCACAGUUCAAUUAGAGCAGAGGACAAGCCAGACUGCCAGCUCUCCUUUGUAGCCAGAGAACCGAGGAAGGAAUCGGGGACCCCAGCUCCAAGCUCUAGCCCUGUGCUCUCAGAGUUGUGCUCCCUUCCCCACUCUGGGCUGCAGUCUGUCCAGCUGUACAAGGUCUGGCACAUGGAGUUAAGUCUACUGGACCUUCUCAGGUCCGUGACACCCCCUAUGCCCAACUUUCUCAACUGGAGAGACCUUCCUGCCCUGGUGGUCUGGCCUUGAAACAAAAGCAAAGGGGCCCAGCCUACUCCACCAAAGUGCCCCAGGACGUGGGGGCCAAGGGGCAGAUGCAACAACAGGCCUGACCCCACCCAUGCUCUACUCUUGGUUGGAAUGCCCCAGGAGGUGAGGUCGGCCAGCCUCUCGCCAGGGCAGGCCUAGAUGCCAAUAGGAAUGAAAAAGUGUCUGGUAUCAACACCAAGAGGUCUCACCUGUGCCUAAAUUGCUGCCACCCCUUGCGAGAUCAGGGCUGGCGAAGCCUUGAGAGCUCAGUUAAUCUCACGUGGAGAAAACGGGAGAACCCACCCAGACCACACAGCUAGUCUGGUGCAGAGGCUGAAAUCUAAGCCUUUUUAUGGGGAAAACAGAAGUUCUUAGCUUUGUGCAGAGAUCCGUCAAGAGACUGAGGGCCUCUAUACCAUUCAGGAAUCAAGGUGAACAGAUUCAGCAUUAAAACGUAAGUACUUUGGGGCACCUGGGUGGCUCAGUGGUUAGGCGUCUGCCUUCCGCUCCGCUCAUGGUUCCAGGGUCCUAGGAUCGAGCCCCACAUCGGCCUCCCUGCUCUUCGGGAAGCCUGCUUCUCCCUCUCCCACUCCCCCUGAUUGUGUUCCUUCUCUUGCUGUGUCUCUCUCUGUCAAAUAAAUAAAUAAUAUCUUUUUUUUUGAAAGAUAUUAUUUAUUUAUUUGAGAGAGAGAGCAUGAGAGGGGUGAGGGUCAGAGGGAGGAGCAGACUCACUGCUAAGCAGGGAGCCCCAUGCGGGACUCGAUCCGGGACUCCAGGAUCAUGACCUGAGCCGAAGGCAGUCGCUUAACCAACUGAGCCACCCCAAAACAAAAAACGUUAAGUGCUUUUGAAGUUGUCAAGUUGCCAAAUCCCAAAGAAAAAGCCAGGUCGGAAAUGGAAGAAUGAGGUACAGAGACGCUGAACGAUCACCUGACUAAGCCAGGGAAGGAAAGAGCAGGCGGGCUCCCAUUCCCCAAGCGUCAGGCGCCACUCUUCCUUGUAGGGGCGCUAAGGACGACCUAAGGGUCAGGGGUGGCGCUUGGGGCCCAGGUCCUCUCGGAACCACGUGGCCAUCGCCGCAAAGGCCUUCGAGUUGAGCCCCUUGCCGGGAGCCCCCCAAGGCUGGUCCGGGGUGGGGCCCCUGGGCUCUCCCACUCUCGGCAGAAGCCGUCCGCCCUCCGUGGGGGCUCCGGCUGACCCUUAGCCCUUCCUCGGCACGGGCACUCCCGGAAGCCCACGCCCGCGCGGGGGCGGCGGAAUCUGCGGGCACCCCACCCGGCGGGGGGCCCGGGGUGACGCCCCGAGUCAGAGUCGGCUUGUCUGCCGGGCUCCGCACCCCACCUGUAAAGCGGGCACAGGCGGCUUUUUGGUGAACGUGGGAGGCCCUGCCACGGGCGUUCCAGUCGCCGCGGGCGGCCGGACGCGAGGGAGCCCUGCGGCCAGGGGGCCGGGAGGCUGGGAGGGGGCGCUGCUGUCCCCGCGGGGAGGGGCUGCGGCGGGCGAGCGCAGGGGGCGGGCCGCCGGGGCCUGCGAGCCCGAGAUGGCUCUCCGCCUCCACCGCGUGGCCGGACGAGGCUGGCGGAGCCCGCCCAAACGGGGCGCGGGAUUCCGGAGGGAUUCCAGACUCCCCCCCACCCCCAAACACCAACCAGACGACACGACAGGUAUUUACGUAUAAAGGGAGCAGCCAAGGACACCGGCGCUGGGUGAACUAAGAUGGUAUCAAUAAAGUAACGGCAGCUAACAUUUACUGAACGUUUACUACAAGCCAAACAUUGUUACUUAACGCGCUCUCAUCACUAUCUCAUUUAAAUUCUUAAUAAUCUUCUAAGCGGGUACUAUUACUCCCAUGUCACAGAUGAGGAAACUGAGGUUUAGAGAGUCUGAGCCACUUGUCCAAGUCGACGUUUGAUGGAGAGAGCUGACCCACCACAGCCCCCAAAGUUGCAUGACCACAGAUUUGAAAAUGUGGACAGGGUGCCUGGGUGGCUCAGUCGUUAAGCGUCUGCCUUUGGCUCAGGUCAUGAUCCCAGUGUCCGGGGAUCGAGUCCCACAUCGGGCUCCCUGCUUGGCAGGAAGCCUGCUUCUCCCUCUCCCACUCCCCCUGCUUGUGUUCCUGCUCUAGCUAUCUCUCUCUGUCAAAUAAAUAAAUAAAAUCUUUAAAAAAAAAAAAAAGAAAGAAAAUGUGGACAGAAGGUCCCAGUUUGCUGUGGAACUGAAAUCAUCAGGGCUUCAGAGGUGCUCCCACCCCCUGUGUGUGGCUCACUCCUCUAUCCCUACUCAGCCAGUGGCCUCCACACCUCCCUCUAUUUUAUUUUAUUUUUUUAAAGAUUUUAUUUAUUUAUUUGAGAGAGAGAAUGAGAGAGAGCACAUGAGAGGGGUUAGGGUCAGAGGGAGAAGCAGACUCCCCGUGGAGCAGGGAGCCCGUUGAGGGACUCGAUCCAGGGACUCCAGGAUCAUGACCUGAGCCGAAAGCAGUCGCUUAACCAACUGAGCCACCCAGGCGCCCAUCUCCUUCUAUUUUAAAGAAGAAUGGUGUCCAUGGCUACAGAGUUCAGAAGGCAAAGGACAGAGCCUGAAAUUCUUCUCUGAUGGCCAGGAGCCUUGGCAGAGAAAGGUACCUAGAGGCCUGAGAAUCAGAGACUGGGGAGAGUUAGGUAGUUAGGAGCUUCCUGGAAAGAUGAAGAGUACUGAGUUAUAGAAGGCUUGGCUUCCAUGCCCUGGUCUGAUUCCAACCUGCUGUGUGAUCUUGGGCAAGUUCCUUCUCUUCUCUGGGCUUGUUUCCCUCCUGUACAUGGAAGGAUCCUUCUAGAUCCAAAAAUCUCUUAUCUUCCCCCACCUUCCCCUUUUCCCUUCCUAUACCACCCCCACCCAGACUGGCUCCGACAUUCCAAAAAUAGCCUUGAACUGAGUUUUAAAAGCGCCAGGUAAGAGCUGCAACCCAUCUCUGAGAUUCUCCUGAGCUCUGGGCCCAGGGCUUUAAAUCCUGGCAGGGUAUCUAGCCUUGGCAGGUUGGAGCCAUCAGAGGGGAGAAAGGUCCUGUGCCUCUGAGAAAGGCCUCAGGGGCUGGCAUUGUGAUGACCUCAUCCAUUCUAUGACAUCACCCUCUCUCCCAGCCCCCCUCCUCCCUGAUCAACUACUCUGCAAACAACCAUCAAUCUGAAUCCCAAAGGCCUGAGAACGUCUGUUCUCCAGUACCUGCUGCUGAUCUUCUGCCUCAGCCAGCAAGAAGCACCAUGAAACUGGAAUUCACGGAGAAAAACUACAACAGCUUUGUGCUGCAGAACCUGAACAAACAGAGGAAACGCAAAGAGUACUGGGACAUGGCCCUGACUGUGGACCACCAUGUUUUCUUUGCACAUCGCAACGUGCUGGCUGCUGUCUCCCCACUGGUGAAGAGCCUCAUCUCCAGCAAUGACAUGAAGACCACCGAUGAGCUCUUCAUCACCAUUGACCCCAACUACCUGAGUCCGGCCACGGUGGACCAGCUCCUGGACUACUUCUACAGUGGCAAGGUGGUGAUCUCGGAGCAGAACGUGGAGGAGCUCCUUCGCGGGGCCCAGUAUUUCAACACACCACGCCUUCGAAUCCACUGUAACGACUUCCUGAUUAAGUCCAUCCGCCGUGCAAACUGCUUGCGCUACCUCUUCUUGGCUGAGUUGUUUGAGCUCAAAGAGGUAUCAGACUUGGCCUACUCUGGCAUUCGUGACAACUUCCACUACUGGGCCAGUCCUGAGGGCUGUAUGCACUUCAUGCGCUGUCCACCUGUCAUCUUUGGCCGCCUGCUCCGAGAUGAAAACUUGCAUGUGCUCAAUGAGGACCAGGCUCUCAGCGCACUCAUCAAUUGGGUGUACUUCCGGAAGGAUGAGCGGGAGAAGUAUUUCAAGAAGUUCUUCAACUACAUCAAUCUUAAUGCCGUCUCCAACAAGACACUGAUGUUUGCCAGCAACAAGUUGAUGAGCAUGGAGAACAGCUCAGCCCAUGCAACCCUGAUUGAGAGUGUCCUCAUGGACCGAAAGCAGGAGAGGCCAUCCAGCCUGUUGAGCUACCAGCGGAAAGGGGCCCUGCUUGAUUCGGUGGUCAUCCUGGGUGGCCAAAAGGCCCAUGGCAAGUUCAAUGAUGGAGUGUUUGCCUACAUCAUCCAGGAGAACCUGUGGCUGAAGCUGUCAGAGAUGCCCUAUCGGGCGGCAGCACUUAGUGCCACCUCUGCUGGUCGCUACAUCUACAUCUCUGGUGGUACCACUGAGCAGAUUUCUGGGCUGAAGACAGCUUGGCGGUAUGACAUGGAUGACAACUCCUGGACCAAGUUGCCAGACCUGCCGAUUGGGCUUGUCUUCCACACCAUGGUGACCUGCGGGGGGACAGUGUACUCAGUGGGUGGGAGCAUUGCUCCAAGGCGGUAUGUCUCCAACAUCUAUCGCUAUGAUGAGCGCAAGGAGGCCUGGUGCCUGGCAGGGAAGAUGAGCAUCCCUAUGGAUGGCACAGCCGUGAUCACCAAGGGUGACCGGAAUCUGUACAUUGUCACGGGGCGGUGCUUGGUGAAAGGCUAUAUUUCCCGGGUUGGAGUGGUGGACUGCUUUGACACCAACACUGGGGAUGUGGUCCAGUGUAUCACCUUCCCCAUUGAGUUCAACCACCGGCCCCUGCUCUCUUUCCAGCAGGACAACAUCCUCUGUGUACACAGCCACCGGCAGAGUGUGGAAAUCAACCUGCAGAAGAUAAAGGCCAACAAGACAACCACCUCGGUGCCUCUCUUGCCCAACAACUGCCCCUUAGAUGUGUCCCAUGCUAUAUGCUCCAUUGGAGACAGCAGAGUGUUUGUAUGUGGGGGCGUCACCACAGCCAGCGAUGUCCAGACAAAGGACUACACCAUCAACCCAAAUGCCUACUUGUUGGACCAAAAGACAGGCGAGUGGAAGACCCUGGCCCCCCCACCGGAGGCACUGGACUGUCCUGCCUGCUGUCUAGCCAAGCUACCUUGCAAGAUUCUUCAAAGGAUUUAAACAACUUUUUCAGUGGGAGAAUAAGUAAAUGCAUUAUUAUUCACAAUUUAAUGAGAGAGAGAGGAAGAUGGCCUGUUGGUUCCUUCUUAGUGUUCCAGUCUGUUUGGCCCUGACAGUGGAGAUCCUGGGCUAGGGCUGCUCCCAGUGGGUGGAAAUUCAGGGCGACUCUGUCAUUGGAGGGAUCCAAGCUGAGGCUGGAAUGGAGUCCCUGAUGGGUGGGACUGAAGCAUCUCCUGGGCACUGGCCAAGGUGGUGUCUGGAAAGCCCCCAUUCUAUCCCCUAUAGUUCUCUCGCCGGCAUCUGCUAGAUGGACAGAUAAAGUGUUUGCUUAGAGUUAUGAAGCCUCAGGCUCCUCCAACACUCACUGCCCUCGAGUCUGUCCAGGAGGGCAGGGGAGGGCCAAUCCCAGGUUUGGGACAGGAGGCUCAUGGGCUGGGCUGGGGGGUGGGGGUGGAGAAAAUGAUGUGGGAAAGGCUCAGGGAGGGGGAUAGCCGGAACCGAGCAGGCAGGGUCACUUGGCUGUUGUAUUUGCCCACACAGCUGUGGUGUGUUGAGUCUUAUUUGUGGGGAAGUUGUGGGGUUACUUACAACUGUUUUCAGUAAGCAAAGUACAUCAGGAACUUUCUCGAGGAAUACAGGGCCUGAGGGACUGGGAGUGAAAGAGAGAUCAGUAAAGGGAGAAAAAAAGAAGUCUAUGCAGUAGUCCCCCCUUAUCUGUGGUUUUACUUCCUGUGGUCAGCUGUUGUCCAGAAGCAGACGAUCCUGCUUUGGACGAAUCCGCGGAAGGUCGGUCUUAGCCCUACACUAUGUCACAACGCCCCCGUCAUUCCCCUCCCCUCAUCUCUUCACAUAGGCAGGUUAGCAUCUCACAUCGUUACAAGAAGGGGGAGUACAGCACAAUGAGAUGUUUUGAGAGAGCGGGAGAGGCCACAUUCACAUGACUUUAUUACAGUAAAUUGUUAAAUUUGUUCUAUUUUUCAUUAUUGUUAUUAUUCUCUCACUGUGCCUAAUUUGUAAAUUAAACUUUAUCAUAGGUGUGUGUGUACAGGAAAAAACCUAGUAUAUAGAGAGAGGGUCUGGCACUACCUGCAGUUUCAGGCAGCGACUAGGGGUCUUGGAACGGAUCCCCUGCAGAUAAGGGGGGACUACUGUAUCUCUGCUGGGAAGAACCUUGGAGAUGAGGUGAGAGGACAGGAUGGUGUCGUAGCUGGGAGCAUGGCCACUGGGGCUUAAAACCAGUUCCACCACCUGCUGGGUAAUCCUGGCCAAACUACUUCAGGUCUCUGUGCCUUUGUUUCCUUAUCUGCAAAAGAGAGAGAGCAAGAGUGCCUACCUCCUAGGGUGAUGUGAAGCUUAAAUGAGUUAAUACGUGCAGCAUACCUAGGACGGUUCCUGGCAUUAUUACGGUGCUACAGGAGAACAUUUUUUUUUAAAGGAAAAAAAAGAAAAGAGUGUGGCAAGGGUCCAGGUUCUUGAGCCUUUA